UUAAAACUUCUAAAUCUUUCAUCAUACUGGAAGCCCGCCUAUUUAAGAAGCUUAGUGUAUUGAACCGACAUCCAUUCAAACAUCGACUUCCUAGGCAUCAAGAGAGAUUAGUUCAUAUCAAAGUGCUAUAUAAUAAUAGUGACGCAAGAGUAGAUAUUUGACCAGUUAAUUGAUUGGUCUUGAACUUCUAUAAACUUUAUAUUUGUGACAGAGCUUGUGAAAAGAUGGCAAAGGUGUCUUCAAUUGUUUCUGGAUUUUUGUCGAACGCUCUAGCAGCAACUGUUCAACUCAGUGUUAAUGCGCAAGAGUCCUCUACCAAGGAUUGUACUCCAGGAGAAAAAGUGAUAACCAUGAAGGAGGUAUCCUGGCAUGACGAAGCAGACGAUUGUUGGAUAAUAAUAUACGAUAGAGUUUACGAUAUCUCAGAUUUCCUAGAUGAGCACCCUGGUGGCAGUGAUCUACUUCUCGAAUAUGCUGGAAGGGAGGCCAGUGGUGCUUUCAGAGGAUCUGGGCACAGUGCACAAGCCAUUAGGGCCUUAGACAGGUUCUGCAUAGGAGAGUUGCCCAUGCACGAACGUAUCUUCAGGAAGCCAGGAGGGUACAAGCUCAGCGAUAUACCGGAAUGAAAAAGGGUUCCGGAUUUUCGAAUUGUGCCACUUCAGUACUAAACAAGUUCUAAUAGUAUUUAUGUGUAAUUUAGUUUUAGUUUGCCUUUACCUACUGUUUGUAAGGUUUUUAGUUUUAAAUAGUUUGGUAUUUUUGUUUGUCAGUAUUAUUGUAUGGAUGCAAAAGUAUUGAGAAAUGUAUUUAUUCAUUAUUUAUUAAAUUUGAAUUGAUGAUUAAAAUCGACAGUACACAGAAUUUUA